AUGGAUAUUGGUGCUGUGACAUGUGAUGAUGGCACUCUGAACAAGGACGGGUUUCUAUCCCGUUGGGUUGGCCUCUUCAUUGAAGGUACCAGCAAAAUCGACAGGUAUUUUCUAGGAUAUCAGACCUACUAUGAGAAAAUGGAAGCUGCCGGCUUCACAAACCUCAAAAAGGUUGUCUAUAAAUGGCCAACAAAUCGAUGGCCUAGAGACCCAAAGCACAAGGAACUCGGAUCAUGGUGUUACGAAAAUAUUAGCUCUGGCCUCCAAGGAUUAAGCGCUGCUGUGUUCACCCGGAUCCAAGGUUGGAGCCCAGAGGAGAUGAAUACGCUACUUGAAGGUGUCGAACGGGAAUUGAGGGAUCCCAGUGUUCACGCUUAUUGGCCAAUCACAGUGGUUUAG